AUGGACACCAUAACUCUUUCCCUGUCCAACACCACCGACGGUUUGCCAAUGCAAACCCCGAGCGUCCAAUGGCGAAGUGAAGAUUCCCAACACCCAGGCCCGUCACUAUGGACCGUGAAUGAGAUCGAUCUCAGCGCCGGUGCAAGCUCGACAACGGCCGACACGUCAAGCCCGACUCCUCCAUCACCGUCGUUUACCUCGUCUCUGCUGGCGACAUCUCUGUCUAUGACCACCAUCAUCACAUCGCCUUCGUCAUUCCCGUCGCCUAGCUCCACUGUAUCUUACCUUUCUUCAGCGACGUCGGCGUCCUCCACUGUGAACAACCUCAACCCACCACCGUCCUCUGCCUACACCACGGGGAUAUACAUUGCGCUUGGAAUAUUCGUAUUCUUCGGCAUCCUGUGUGCUUUGGUCACCACUCCUGUCUCUGCAAAUGCGAUCAAAGGGGUAUUCAGAUGUUGUCGAAGAGCUGGAGAAGAAUGA